GCUUUGCCUUGAAGGGAAAAGGCCGCUCUGCGUAGAUCAGUAUUUGAUGACGACAAGCAUGACUUGUACCGUCACAAUGUUAUUUCCCCAUCAUGGCCGCCAUCGGCAGAGAAUUAGACAGGCACUGGUUUGACAUUAUCGGAAGAGCAUUAGAACGAAGACCACAGAAACCCGGACUCGAUGUGCGGGAAUCUCUGUUGCCUGCUGCACCUGAGAUCAACGGGGUAGGUUACUCAGGAAUACCGUCACAUCCAGGAGCGGCGCAGAUCGCCUUGUUCAUUGUUUUUGCUGUUGUGAUCGUCUUGUCGAUCAGUCUGAUCUGGUUCGUGCGAGUGGUGGACAAGUAUGCGAUACACCACCCUAAUCAACGUCCUGGUCUCGUUUACGAACAAGUGGAAGCCACUGUACCUGCUCAACAUACCAGAGUCAUGCCCAUCCCAGUACCACGCUUAACAUCACCCGGUUCUAUCGGUCCGUCCGCAUCCGAUACACGAUUAAGUGACUACCUGCCUCCAUACACGAAGGGAUGGCAUAGCGGAGAAGUCACAGUUGGUGAUGUAGUUGCAAGUGGGCAUUAUUGCCAAGGUUCUCUCGCCACUGCUAAUACUACGGUUGCUGCUAUGGACGCCGAUGAAGUCAAUAUUCUACCGCAGGGGCUUCCUAGCUACCAAGAUUCUGUACUGGCGAGUAUGGAGGAAGAGAGGGUCAGAGAACCGUGCAACUGUAGAUAACCAGUAGUAGUAUCCAUCCUAGCCCAGAUAUUCCUUCAUCAAAUAUAAAUUUAUUUCAAUAGAGAUAGUAUGACUCGCACGCC